AUUUUUUAGAAAGGAGCUCUCAAAGAAACCAGAUGUUUGACGUGAAGAGGAUCGCAAUUAUCGGGGCCGGACCCUGUGGCCUUGCGGCUGCCAAGUACUUGACAGCUCAGAAGGCGUUUGCGAGCAUCGUCGUCUUGGAGCAGCAGGCUGAGGUGGGCGGUGUCUGGAACUACAGCCCUCGAGCCUCACAGACACUGCACGUGCCUCAAGCGAGCGCCUCGACUCCACCCGACCCGCCUCUCCAGUCAUCACAGGCGACAGCAGCCCCAGUAUUCCCCUCCCCGAUGUACGAUGUCUUGCACACAAACAUCCCGCGCGCACUAAUGAGAUAUUCGGACCUCGCCUUCCCAGGGGACUCUCUCAUAUUCCCUUCCCGGGACAUAGUCCAACACUAUCUCGUUACAUAUGCCAAGGAUAUCCGACAUCUCAUCAGGUUCUCCACCCAGGUCCAAGACGUGCGCUUGCGCCGGGGAGAGGACGGGAGGGAUCGGUGGCUUGUUCACACGCUGUCUCUGGGCAGCGGCGAGACGGCCACGGAAACCUAUGAUGCCGUAGUCGUUGCUUCUGGCCACUACUCUAUCACCCACGUGCCUGAGAUCAAGGGCAUCUCCGAGUUCUACAAGGCGUGGCCGGGGGUGAUAUCGCACUCCAAGCUGUACCGGAACCCCAAGCCCUUCCGCAACAAGAAAGUCGUCGUCGUUGGCAAUGCCGCGUCUGGGCUCGAUAUUGCCGCCCAGAUCUGCCGCGUCUGCGCGAAGCCGCUGCUGCUGUCAGUCCAGACGGCGACACCGCCAGCUAACCUAGCUCAUGUCGGCGCGGAAGAGGUUCCCGUCAUUGAAGAGUUCCUCGUUGGCGAGAGAGGCAUCAGGUUCAAGAAUGGCAGAGUGGAGAAGGACAUUGACGCCGUUGUCUUUGCUACCGGCUACCUCUUUGCCUUCCCCUUCCUCCCAUCACUGAAACCGCCCCUGAUCACGAACGGGCGACGAGUUCACGGGCUAUACAAGCACCUGUUCCACAUAGACCACCCGACUCUGGUCUUCCCGGGCCUACCCAUCAAGGUGGUGCCGUUUCCCCUCGCCGAGAGCCAAGCUGCUAUCUUCUCGCGGACCUGGGCAAACCUAUUACCACUGCCGCCUGCAGCGGAGAUGAGGAAGUGGGAAGACGAGGAGGCUAAGAGGAAAGGCCCGUCGUUCCACGUCUGGCCCAAAGGCGCCGAUGCGGAAUACAUCAACUCGGUCCACGACUGGAUUGCGUGGUCAGGUACUGCGGGAAAGGAGCCGCCGUAUUGGGACGCGGAGUUGAUAUGGGAGAGACGGGUGUAUUUCGAAGCGAAGCUGAAGUUUGAAAAGGAGGGCUGCACAGCCAAGUCUCUCCAAGACCUUGGCUUUGAGUACCAGAUACCGUCUAAAAUUUAACGAAGAACCUGACUUUUCUAGUUGCUUAUAGUGAUCCCAAGGGGUUUACAUGUUGCGGUUUCCCUCGUCAACAGAGACACGGUUGACAUCCUCUUAAAAUUGAAGGUCUGGUGUAAGUGCCUGUGCUUCUCUUUCUUUUCGUAGCUCGCUCGUGCAACAUACCUGUUGUAUUGCUUUCUAGAAGUCUGGCACAUUGCAAGUCUGUCAGAAAAAUAAUGCACAUUAGUGAGUGAAUCUAACAAGAUGUUGAGUUGAGGCUUUCCG